CGAAUGUAAACGUUGGGACAGGAGAAAGGAGUUGCGAGGUGUUAGUAUGGCUAUUUAUUUAUAUAACUAGCUAAACUCAACUUUACUUUUAAUUCAGACGACAUACAAAGCCAGAGGAAAAAACACAGCGGGUGGUCUGGAGGGCUCAGGUGUCCUUCGCAAAGAUCUAUGGAACAACAUUACAACCUCGAAGAAACGAUCUUUAACAACAGAAGUCAUGAGCACACAAGAAGAAGACACAGUCCUCAAGGGCAGUCCAACAUUGCAGGAAAAAGCCAUGACAAGGUCUAUACUCAACAACAACAUGGUGCUGUACCUGGUAGGAGAACAGAUGGAUUAAACCAGCCAUUUCCAAACAAGCCUGUUAGCCACAGAAGUGCUCUCAACCCCAGGACACAAGACCCACUUGAUCUGUAUGAUUUUGAGGAAAUCACUAUCACAAAACAAACUAAAGGCAUUCUGUCGUCCCAAGAACAUCAUUCAAAUGGUAUCAGAGAGGCCACUGGAUCCCAGCAUCCAAGAAAAGACUCACACAGUCUGCCCAGAGGAGAACUGCAGAUGGCCAGAGCAAUCCAUGCAAAACAGCUCAUGCUUCAGGAGAAGCUGUGGAGGGUUGAAGAAAAAAUAAGGCAAAAAAUCCACAAAGACAGUGUUUACGCUGCUGCAGGUGAUGACCACACAAGGGAGGAGGAGAGGUACAACAGAGCAGAGAGGGGAAUAGCUCAGACUAGUCUGUCUGAUCACCAGAUGAGAUACCCAGUGAGAAACAGAGAAAUGAUGAUGCCAGUAAAAAGACAAGAGGAUAUUAAACAACUUAGGAGGAGGCAAGAUCAGAGGAAUGAAAACAUAAUGAGAAAUAUGCAUGAAGAAGAGGGGGCCAGGUGGAAAAGAGGGGAAAUAGAAGUUGCGCAGUCACAAAGAAAAGGACAUAAAGGAACUCAUCAUAUCAAAGUCGAUGAGCAAGAAGUGAGCGGAGGGUUGAACCUGUCAUGGUGGGAAAAUGUGAAAGAGCACACCAAAAGAAAAGGAGGGGAUGAAAAAGGUAACGGCAUUUGGGGAGUGACAGGUGUAAAGUCACAGGAUGCAACAAAGAAAGCAAAAGGAAGAGAACAAAAUACAACCUCUAUGGGCGAUAAAGGUUGGACAAGAGAAAAUAAAUACUGGGAGACAUUUAAGGAGAUGUAUGGUUCAGACGAUGAACGAGACUUGCCUCAAAUGAGUCAACAGAAAACCUCUCACAGAGCUACAAGAGAAAACCACAGAGGUGCAGAAAGAAAACUGGCUGGGGAACUACUGCUUCCACCUGUUUCUAAUCAUUCCAGCAGACCAGAGCAGGCGGAGCUCAGGAUUACUGACAGCACAGACACCGACCUCCAGCUUCUCCCUUGCAGAAUCUGCAACAGAAAGUUUGCAAGUGAAAGAAUAGAGAAGCAUGUCCAAAUCUGUAAAAAGGUGAAGCAAUCACAUCGUCAAGUUUUUAACUCCUACAUCAGUAGGACUAAGGGAUCCGCCAUUGAGGAGUUCUGGAAAACCCACAGCAGAACAGAGACUCCAGAGGUUGUAAAGAAAAUGAACCUAAGACAAAACAACAAGGCAAACACAAGAAAUCUGCAUGAGGGUCGACUCCCAGCUGGAACUUCAAAAUGGUCCAAGUGAGCCAACCCGAACGGACCCACACACGGACCAAUCCUCAGGUGUCAGCACACCAAGUCACCCAUCACAAUCUCGUUAUUGUUAGUAGUCUCUGAAUAGUUUGAUUUAAUCCCUUAUUAGAAUUUUGUUAUACAUCUCCAGGUCUACAUUGUUGGAAUAUAUUUCCUAUUAACUGAACAGCAAUGAUUAGUUUUGGCUCUUUACAAAGACGGUGCAUGUUAAAUAGAACAAAUACAAACAGCUAGGGUAUGUUGUAGCUUACAUUGUGGGAAAUAUUGACUAUACACAUAUAACAAAAGACAGCUGGU